AUGGCUUCGUUUCUUGUUACUAAUAAUCCUGCAUUACCUCAAUCACCAGUUAAGUCAAUACGUACAACUUUUUCUCUUCAAACUUCAAUGCAUUCUGAAAAUUCUACACCAAAAUCACGAAUUAAAUCAGUUAAGUCAAUGGAUACAAAUUAUUCUCCUCAAACUUCAAUACAUUCUGAAAGUUCUACAUCACAGUCACCAGUUAAAUCAAUUAAGUCAACAGUUACAAAUUAUUCUCCUCAAACUUCAACACAUUCUGAAAAUUCUAUACCACAAUCACCAGUUAAAUCAAUAGUUACAAAUGAUUCUCCACAAACUUCAAUAUAUUCCGAAAAUUCUACACCUCAAUCACCAAUAAAAUCAAUUAAGUCAUUAGUUACAACUUUUUCUCCCCAAACAUCAAUCCAUUCUGAAAACUCGAUAUCAAAAUCACGAAUUAAAUCAGUUAAGUCAAUGGAUACAAACUAUUCUUCCCAAACUUCAACACAUUCCGAAAAUUCUGAACCACAAUCGCCAGUUAAAUCAAUUAAGUCAAUAGUUACAACUUUUUCUCCACAAACUUCAAUACAGUCUGAAAAUUCUAUACCAAAAUCACGAAUUAAAUCAGUUAAGUCAAUAGGUUCAAAUUAUUCUCCUCAAACUCCAAUACACUCUGAAAAUUCUACACCACAAUCACCAGUUAAGCCAAUAGGUACAAAUUAUUGUCCACGAACUUCAAUACAUUCUGAAAACUCUAGGCCACAAUCGCCAGUUAAAUCAAUUAAGUCAACAGUUACAAAUUAUUCUCCUCAAACUUCAACACACUCUGAAAAUUCUAGACCACAAUCACCAGUUAAAUCAGUCAAGUCAAUAGUUACAACUUUUUCUCCACAGACUUCAAUAGUUUCUGAAAAUUCUAUAUCAAAAUCACGAAUUACAUCAGUUAAGUCAAUAGACACAAAUUAUUCACCUCAAACUUCAGUACAUUCUGAAAACUCUAGGCCACAAUCGCCAGUUAAAUCAAUUAAGUCAAUAGUUACAACUUUUUCUCCCCAAACUUCAAUAUAUUCCGAAAAUUCUACAUCACGAUCGCCAGUUAAAUCAGUGAAGUCGGUAGUUACAAAUUAUUCUCCUCAAACUUCAAUACACUCUGAAUAUUUGACACCACAAUCAAGUAUACAACAUAGUCAAACGUCAACAGAUUCCGAAUCAACAUUAUCUAACGAUGAUAGUUCAAGUGAUGAUUCAUAUUAUGAAGAAUUUAUGAAUAAAUCACCAACAAAACAUGUUCAUUUUGAUGAUCUUUUGGAACCACAAAUAAGCAUUGACAUGAAAUUAGAAAAUGAUGAAGUAGAAUUUUUUGCUGUUGUUGCUAUUGAUAAUACAAUCAGUCCUAUUCACGAUAAAAACAAUAAUAUAAAUAAACCAAUUAGAAAACGUGAUAAAAUACGUGCUAUGUUUCAUAAUAGAUUUCAUCGAUCACAUAGUAUUAGUUCCGAUACAGAUCCUCAUGAAUGGAAUCAAGUUUUAGCUAAAACAUUAGUUUCAAUGCGUCAUGAUAUCGAAGAUAUUAUUGCUGGUUUUGAUGAUAUUGAUCAACCUAUAGAAGAGAAAUCUCCAUCGAAUACAUCGGAUCUUAUUCUUACGACACCACGUCUUUCAUUUCGUGAACGUCAACAAGCAAAAAUUCAAAUGAUGAGAAUGGCACAAAUGUUUCAUCCACCAAAUCUUCUUACUUGUAAUAUAAAAGAAUCUCCUUAUCCAUAUACAGAUAUAGUUGAUUCGGGUAAUUUUCAUUUUUUUGGUAAUAAAAGUACUCCAGCAGAAACCUUUUUUGUACAACAUAAACCAUUUCAACAUAAAAAAUUUCGUUAUCGAACUCAACGUGGUUUAUUAAAAAUGCGACAUGAUUUAGAAAAAAUGAAACAUGAUCUAUAUGGUAAAAGUAUUGAAAAAACACAUAGAGAAUUACCAUCACAUGAUGUACAAAACUAUCGAAGUCGUUUAGAAAAAACUCUACUCGAAGUACGUACACAAAUAUCUGAAUAUGAUCGAGUACAUGCAUUAACAAAUAAUCAUCGACCAAGUAUUAGUCAGAUAAUUUCAAGUAUGAAAAAAGUAGAUCCAGAGAAACAAGCACAAAUAGAUGAUUAUCGAUCAAAAUUAAGACCUACAGAAUAUAUUGAAGAAAAAGAUAAUCAUGAACUUGUUUCUGCACCAUUUAUUCCACGUCGAGCGCCAUAUCGCCCCAAUAAUAUUAAAAAAGAUAUUGAGGAGGAUAAUGAAAUUAUUGAUCCACGUUUCGAUCGUACUACAUUUAUUGAUCUUAAUAAAGAAGCUGACAUCUUUUUUGGUACCGAUGAACAACCGUUUUGGAAUCAACCAGAAAAUUUAAAAUUAUCGGCAUCACCAUUACCUGCAAGACGUCGGUCAAGUCAGAUAGUAUUACCACCGAAAAUAAAAUUUUGGGAUCGUUUAGUUUAUACGAUUAAAUUAAAACAAAAACUUAUGAAAGAUAAAGAAUCGAACGAUAUGGAAUAUUCUGAUUGUAUUUCUCCUUCACAACAAAGAAAAUCACAAUCAUUAAUUAUGCUUCAUGAAGAAGAAAGUGUAGAAUUUUAA